AUGUCGGUCGAUCCAAACUUCCUUACUCCUUACAAGAACACCGGAGCCGCGAAUGCGUCGCUUCGUCAGAUCUCCGAAGACGCGUUCUACGUCGUCAAUGAGGUCGUCAUGAAGCGUCUUGGACACGUGCCGAUUCUCAAGGGAGACUUCCAUCUUCUGCCCGCAAAAGUGCAACGUUUCAUCGCCGAGAAGGCGGAGUUGAUGCGUCCACGUGGAAUCUUCAUCUGCGACGGAUCACAACACGAGGCGGAUGAGCUCAUCGACAAACUCAUCGAGCGUGGAAUGCUCUCGAAACUCGAGGCCUACGAGAACAAUUACAUCUGUCGUACGGAUCCAAAGGACGUUGCGCGUGUCGAGUCGAAGACAUGGAUGGUCACCAAGAACAAGUAUGACACUGUCACACAUACCAAGGAAGGUGUCGAACCGAUUAUGGGACACUGGUUGGCGCCAGAGGAUCUCGCCACCGAGUUGGACACCCGCUUCCCGGGAUGUAUGGCUGGACGUAUCAUGUACGUCAUUCCGUUCUCGAUGGGACCAGUCGGUGGACCAUUGUCGAAGAUUGGAAUUCAGUUGACUGACUCUAACUACGUCGUUCUCUCGAUGAGAAUUAUGACACGUGUCAACAACAGUGUUUGGGAUGCUCUUGGAAAUCAAGACUUUGUCAGAUGCAUCCAUUCGGUCGGACUUCCACGUCCAGUCAAACAACGUGUCAUCAACCACUGGCCAUGUAACCCAGAGCGCGUUCUCAUCGCCCACCGUCCACCAGAGCGUGAGAUCUGGUCGUUCGGUUCGGGAUACGGUGGAAACUCUCUGCUCGGAAAGAAGUGUUUCGCUCUCCGUAUCGCCUCAAACAUUGCCAAAGACGAGGGAUGGAUGGCCGAACACAUGCUCAUCAUGGGUGUCACCCGCCCAUGCGGUCGUGAACACUUCAUCGCCGCCGCGUUCCCAUCCGCUUGCGGAAAAACCAACUUGGCGAUGUUGGAGCCAACUUUGCCAGGAUGGAAAGUCCGAUGUGUUGGAGAUGAUAUCGCGUGGAUGAAGUUCGGAGAGGACGGACGUCUCUAUGCUAUCAAUCCAGAAGCCGGAUUCUUCGGAGUCGCUCCAGGAACUUCCAACAAAACAAAUCCAAUGGCUGUCGCCACUUUCCAGAAGAACUCAAUCUUCACGAAUGUCGCUGAGACAGCCAACGGGGAGUAUUUCUGGGAAGGACUUGAGGAUGAGAUUAAGGAUAAGAAUGUGGAUAUUACCACGUGGUUGGGAGAGAAAUGGCAUAUUGGAGAGCCAGGAGUCGCUGCUCAUCCUAAUUCCCGCUUCGCCGCGCCAGCCAACCAAUGCCCAAUCAUCCAUCCCGAUUGGGAAUCACCACAAGGAGUGCCAAUCGAGGCGAUCAUCUUCGGAGGACGUCGUCCACAAGGAGUUCCACUCAUCUACGAGACCAACUCAUGGGAGCACGGAGUCUUCACCGGUUCUUGUCUCAAGUCGGAGGCCACCGCCGCCGCCGAGUUCACCGGAAAGACAGUGAUGCACGAUCCGAUGGCGAUGCGUCCAUUCAUGGGAUACAACUUUGGAAAGUACCUUCAACACUGGUUGGAUCUGAAGACCGACUCGAGAAAGAUGCCAAAGAUCUACCAUGUCAAUUGGUUCCGUAAGGAUGGAAAUAACAAAUUCUUGUGGCCAGGAUUCGGAGACAACAUCCGCGUCAUCGACUGGAUCAUCAGAAGACUCGACGGCGAGACUGAUAUCGGUGUGGAGACCCCAAUCGGAACGGUGCCAGCGAAGGGAUCCAUCAAUUUGGAGGGACUUGGCAAUGUCAAUUGGGAUGAGUUGAUGUCGGUGCCAGCUGACUACUGGAAACAGGACGCUUCGGAGAUUCGCAAGUUCCUCGAGGAACAAGUCGGCGAAGAUCUCCCAGCGCCAGUUCGUGCCGAGAUGGACGCACAGGAGAAGCGUGUUCAAUCAUUGUAA